AUGUCGAAUAAGGAUGCUACAAUACCAGCUGUACAACAGACGACUAUGCCGGACAUCUCAUUACCUACAGUCAGCUCAAGUCAGGUCUCGAUCUCGCGUUUACCUGAAAUUCCAUUACCAAGUUUUGAAGGCGAUAUUUUUCAAUGGCCCUCAUUCCGCGACAAGUUUUCUAUUAUAGUUGACCAACGCCCUACAUUGUCCAAUAUCGACAAAUUGCAUUAUCUGUUAGGGUGUUUAAAGGAUAGUGCGAUGGACGCGGUUCGUAGUAUACCGCCGUCUGGUCACACGUAUAAAUUGAUCUGGUCGAGUUUGGAAUCUCGUUUCGAUAAACCUCGUUUGGUUGCCGGAUCUGUGGUAGAGUCGUUGUUGAGCACGCCACCAUUUACUACCGAAUCAUUGGCGGAACUCAAUUGGUUUAUGGUUGCUUUUAGUGACAGUGUCUCUGUGCUCGAAUCAUUGGCCAUACCGAAUCUCGGUGAUUUUAUUCUAUUCUCGCUUGCAUCGCGCUGCUUACCCACUUCGUGCAGAACAUUAUUCGAGACACAGGUUACGGCCGAUUAUCCCACGGUUCAUGAGCUUUUUGCCUUUGUCAAAUCGCGUGUGUCUAUUCUUGAACGUGUCCAAGAUCUUCAUGUUUCGAAGCCGGUGCAACCGUCGCGUUCUUUAGGACAACCUCGUUAUGAUAAGAAGGGCCACCGUAGAUCAGAAAAGCCACCGCAAUCAUCGUUUAUCAAUGCGGCACCACCACCAUCAAAGUCUCAGUGUAUAUGUUGCAAUAAUGGAAAACAUGCGUUACCGUCUUGUAAUAGGUUUAAAAGAUGGUCGAAUGACGUUCGUUCAAAAUGGGCCCGUGACCACAAAUUAUGUUUUCGUUGCUUAGAGGACGGUCAUUGGAGCCCUCAGUGUAAAUCAUCAACGGUGUGUUCUCACUGCUCUCGUAAGCAUCACACAUUGGUCCAUACAAAUGAAGUUGCAGGAACCGCGCGUAAGGAAGAGACCGUUCCAGUUGCCGAUCAACCAGGGUCAUUGUCUGUGUCAACAUCGUGCGUUGGACAGCUCGAUUCUCAUUCCGUUUUGUUGGGUACAGCACUCGUUCAAAUUCGUGACCAUGUAGGUACUUUACACACCGUCCGGGUUCUAGUUGACUCAGCUUCCCAAAUAAGUGCUAUUACGUCAUCAUGUUCGUCCCGCCUUGGUUUGCGCGUAUCGCGUUGGACAGCGCCGGUAAUUGGGUUGUCUGGUGCGCCGGUCCCUGAUAUUCUCGGUAUUGUAAAUUGUAAUGUACAACCGCGGUAUGCUGAGGAACCCGUCUUACCUAUAAAGGCAUGGGUAUUCUCAACGAUUACAGCAAAUAUGCCACGUCAGCCGUUGUCAAAGGCAUUUUCCGAAAAGUACCGACACCUAGCUUUAGCUGACCCUUCGUUCACCAUUCCGGGCGCCAUAGACCUGCUAUUAGGUGCAGAUAUAUUUGCCCAGGUACUGAAUGGCAAACGAGUGUCCUUUGGUGAUACCUUUCCAGUCGCGUUCGGUUCGGUGUUCGGCUGGAUUAUCAUUGGACCAGUUCCGAAUUCUACGUCGCAGUCACCAAAUUCGUGCCCUAUAUCAUUGUUGAACGUGUCGGUUGAAUCGUUACUCGAUAAGUUUUGGAGUAUAGAAGAACCUACAGCUGCGCCUGAAAUAUUCACGGAGGAAGGUCAAUGUGAGUCGUUAUUUCGCAUGGGUUGCACUCGUUCUAGUUCAGGCCGCUUUAUAGUUCCUUUACCCUUCCGUCAACCCGUUACUGAUGAAAUUUUCCGCGGUUCCCGUACAGUCGCGAUCAAACGGUUUGAAUAUCUAGAGAGGCGAUUAUCCGCUGACCACCGACUACGUGACCUAUAUGUUAAAUUUAUGUCAGAAUACUGUUCGUUAGGACAUAUGUCGCCUACUUCGAGUCCCGGAUCAUAUUAUAUACCUCAUCAUGCCGUGUAUCAGCCGUCAGAAACAGAUCCGAAAAUUCGCGUGGUAUUUGACGCCUCCGCUCGGGCUUUUAAUGGUGUAUCGUUAAACAAUUGUUUACUACCCGGCCCGAAAUUGCAGCGUGACGUCGUGGACGUGUUGCUAUUAUUCCGUCUGUUGCAGUAUGUCUUCACAACAGACAUCUGCAAAAUGUAUCGGCAAAUAUUGGUUGUUCUAGAACACCGCAAAUUUCAACGUAUCCUUUGGCGUGCGUCACCAUAUGAUCAGCUGCAAGAAUAUCAGCUCAACACAGUCACGUACGGGGUGAAUUGUGCGCCGUACCUCGCCAUUCGUGUGUUACAACAUAUCGCGGAUUCUGACUGCACCGAAUUCCCAUCCGUUCGUAAGGCAUUGCUAUAUCACACAUAUGUUGAUGACAUAUGCGUCGGUGCCGAUUCUGAAAAGGCAGCAGUUGAACUGCAGUCUGCACUGAUCGCCGUCCUCGGCCGAGCUGGACUGGAAUUAAAGAAGUGGUUUAGUAAUACCCAAUCAAUUUUGAAUAAUGUGCCCCCGGAAGACAGAGCCAACGGUGCAUUGCCAUUUGAUGAAGGCGACGGAGUUAAGGUGUUAGGUCUCCGAUGGAGCCCACACGAUGAUGCAUUCACCUAUGGAUUCCAAAGUGAGAAGCUGGUAGCUGCGAAACGCGGCAUGCUAUCGUUAAUAGCCCGAAUAUUUGACCCUUUAGGACUUCUGUCGCCGGUCGUUUUUAUGGCGAAACAUUUUAUGAAAUUGGUAUGGCGGGCUAACGUUGCUUGGGAUGAACCAUUACCACCUUCCGUCAGUGACGUCUGGUACCAAUUUGUAACGGAGUUGCCGGAACUCCGGAAACUGUGUAUUCCACGGUUUGUUCAUACGCGGUCCGGUAUGCGCGUUGUCUUGUGCGGUUUCUGCGAUGCAUCCGAACGUGGAUACGCAGCGGUCGUUUAUAUUCGUUCUGAAAAUUCAUCCGGUUCCUCCUUCGUUUCUUUGCUGGGUUCUAAAAAUAAACUCGCUCCGAUGGCUGCAUCAACCAUCCCGCGGUUGGAGCUGUGCGGCGCAGUCCUUCUAGCAAAGUAG